AUGAUGGUCGAGGGGGUUAUGUUGCUGCGAUGGGCGAUGAAAGAGCUUGAGACUGACUGGGCUGACAUGCACCUGCGGGAGAGAAUAGGUCAAGGGUCAUAUGGCACGGUGCAUUGGGGAGAGUGGCAGGGUUUGGUGAGUGCACACAUCCCUCCUUAUCCCCUCAUUAACCCAUCCUCCUCAUCACUCUGCAUUGCCCCUUCUCCCCAACCACUCCAUCCAGGUUCAUACGGCACAGUGUAUCGGGGAGAGUGGCAGGGGUUGGUGAGUACACUCAUCCCUCCUUAUCCCCUCACUAACCCAUCCUCCUCAUCACUCUGCAUUGCCCCCCCUCAUCUCUCCGGCCCACUCCAUCCAGGUUCAUACGGCACGGUGUAUCGGGGGGAGUGGCAGGGAUCGGUGAGUGUACACACUGCCUGCCUGCUCAUCCUCGCUGCUCGCUUCCCCUCCACCUUCACAAUGCGUUCUUCUGCCUUUGCCUUGAGAUGCCCCGCUCUUUCUCGAAUCGGACAGUUCUUCCCCUCAUCCCUGCACCCUGCCAUCCCCUCGCCCCUCUCCCUUUUCUGCAUCCAGCCCUUCUCUAUCCCUGGCAAGAAAGGCAUUUCUUUUGUUCUCUCCCCACUCCCUGUCCUCCCCUCUCCGACUCUCUUUCCUCCCCUCCCCGGCGCACCCACUCUCUCUUCCCCCCUCACGUCUCCUGUUCUUUCAUUCCCACACCCUCUCCCUGCUCGUCCCUCGUCCCUGCUGCUGCCCUCCGGACGUGGCAGUAAAGAUCUCACUCUCUUUCCUCCCCCUUCCCUCCACUGCACCCCUCCUCCCCUCUGCUCCCCUUCCUCUCUUCUCCCUUGCCUUCUCGUCACCCUUGCCCCUGCUGGAUCCAGGACAACAGAGGUGGCCAUAAUGUUCAAGGCGCGCCACCCCAACGUGCUCUACCUUAUGGGUGCUGUCACGCGCCCGCCGCACCUCUCUAUAGUCACAGAGUUCUGCCCUCGGGGAAGCAUCUUCAGGCUGCUGCAGCAGCCCAAUCGCGAGCUGACACCUCAGCGGAGACUGAGCUUCGCGCUUGAUGUGGCGAAGGGCAUGAACUACCUACACAAGCGCAAGCCGCCCAUCGUGCACCGGGACCUGAAGACGCCCAACCUUCUCGUGGACAAGGACUGGACUGUGAAGGUGUGCGACUUUGGGCUUUCCAGGUUGAAGCAUCGAACGUUCCUCUCCACCCGCUCUGGUGCCGGCACGCCCGAGUGGAUGGCUCCAGAAGUGUUACGCAACGAACCCUCCAAUGAAAAGGCGGAUGUGUACAGCUUUGGUGUGAUUCUAUGGGAGCUAGCAACCAUGCAGCAGCCAUGGACAGGUCUCAACGCCCUUCAGGUGGUGGGAGCAGUGGGGUAUCAGAACAGGCGCCUUGAGGUGCCAGACACGAUUGACAGCAGAGUUGCAGCAGUCAUCAAGUCAUGCUGGAGCGAUGAGCCCUCGCUGCGGCCAAGCUUUGAAGAAAUAAUCGGGUUCUUGCGGCAGCAGCAGCAGCUUCGAUAG